GUGAGUAUUGUGAGGACAAAAGCGACGUGGGAGGAAGGAAAGAGCAUACGUGUUGCGUUAGUGUUUAGUGUUAUAUCUCCGCAGUGGAUCAAAUCAAACAAACACUUCCAUCCAUCACCCUUUCUCUCUGCUUAGGGUUUUGAUCGCAUCGGAUCUUCACUCUCUUCUCCGAUCUCAAAAUGCCCGCCGUUUAUGGAGCUCGCUUGACCACCUUCGAAGACUCCGAGAAGGAGAGUGAAUACGGUUACGUUCGCAAGGUAUCAGGACCAGUCGUCGUUGCAGAUGGCAUGGCUGGGGCUGCUAUGUAUGAACUCGUGCGUGUUGGUCAUGAUAAUCUCAUUGGUGAAAUUAUUCGUCUCGAAGGGAAUUCUGCUACCAUCCAAGUUUAUGAGGAAACUGCUGGCUUGAUGGUUAAUGAUCCGGUGUUACGGACUCACAAGCCUUUAUCCGUGGAGUUGGGACCUGGAAUACUGGGGAAUAUUUUCGAUGGAAUUCAGAGGCCUUUGAAAACUAUUGCUAAACGAUCUGGUGAUGUCUAUAUUCCUCGUGGUGUCUCUGUUCCAGCACUCGACAAAGAUACACUUUGGGAAUUUCAACCUAAGAAAAUUGGUGAAGGCGACCUUUUAACUGGUGGAGAUUUAUAUGCUACUGUUUUUGAGAACAGUCUAAUGCAACACCAUAUUGCACUUCCUCCUGAUAACAUGGGAAAGAUUACCUACAUUGCACCACCUGGCCAAUAUUCCAUAAAGGAUACUGUAUUGGAACUUGAGUUUCAAGGUGUCAAAAAGAAAUUCACCAUGCUUCAGACUUGGCCCGUACGUACACCAAGGCCUGUUGCAUCAAAACUUGCAGCUGAUACUCCUCUUCUUACUGGUCAGCGUGUUCUUGAUGCCCUUUUCCCCUCAGUUCUUGGCGGGACUUGUGCCAUACCUGGAGCUUUUGGUUGUGGUAAAACUGUCAUUAGUCAGGCUCUUUCUAAGUAUUCCAAUUCUGAUGCCGUUGUUUAUGUCGGCUGUGGGGAACGUGGAAAUGAAAUGGCAGAGGUUCUAAUGGACUUUCCCCAACUUACAAUGACAUUACCUGAUGGUCGUGAAGAAUCUGUCAUGAAGCGUACAACACUAGUGGCUAACACUUCAAACAUGCCAGUGGCUGCUCGUGAAGCUUCAAUUUAUACAGGAAUCACAUUAGCUGAGUAUUUCAGAGAUAUGGGUUAUAAUGUCAGUAUGAUGGCAGAUUCUACAUCUAGAUGGGCAGAAGCAUUGCGUGAAAUCUCUGGACGACUGGCAGAAAUGCCUGCAGAUAGUGGAUAUCCUGCAUACCUUGCUGCACGUUUAGCCUCGUUCUAUGAACGUGCUGGGAAGGUAAAAUGUCUUGGAGGCCCUGAACGUACAGGUAGCGUAACUAUUGUUGGUGCUGUUUCGCCACCUGGAGGAGAUUUCUCAGAUCCUGUGACAUCUGCAACCCUGAGCAUAGUUCAGGUUUUCUGGGGUUUGGACAAAAAGCUUGCUCAGAGGAAGCACUUUCCUUCUGUAAACUGGCUUAUUUCUUAUUCAAAAUACUCAACGGCACUUGAAACCUUUUAUGAGCAAUUUGAUCCAGAUUUUAUCAACAUUAGGACAAAGGCUCGUGAAGUUCUGCAAAGGGAAGAUGACCUGAAUGAAAUUGUUCAGCUUGUGGGCAAGGAUGCUUUAGCUGAAGGAGAUAAGAUCACCUUAGAAACUGCAAAGCUUUUGAGAGAGGAUUAUCUUGCUCAAAAUGCCUUUACACCAUAUGACAAAUUCUGCCCCUUCUACAAGUCUGUUUGGAUGAUGCGCAACAUUAUCCAUUUCUACAAUUUGGCAAAUCAGGCAGUAGAGAGGGGAGCUGGUUCAGAUGGUCAGAAGAUAUCUUACACCCUUAUCAAGCAUCGUAUGGGAGAUCUGUUCUACCGAUUAGUGUCUCAGAAAUUUGAGGAUCCAGCAGAAGGGGAAGCUGCUUUGGUUGCGAAAUUUCAGAAGUUACAUGAGGACCUGACUAAUGGUUUCCGCAACCUUGAGGACGAAACCCGAUGAUUGAUGAUUGAAGAUUUGGUAGUUUGCUCAAAUAUUGUGUUAUUUCCAAUUGUAAGACGCAGUCUAGCAUCGCAGGGUUGCAACGUCCCGAGUGUUCUCAUAUUUGACUGUUCGAUUCAUUCAUAUCACAUUUAUUUCCUUUCUUGGUGCUGGUUUGGCUUUUGAUCUAGUCUCAUGUGUAGCUAUAAUCAUGUGUUUCAGUCAUCCUCAGUUUGUUUAUUGAGAAUAAGAAACGAGACUUGCUCUUUCAAUAUGUAUUUAGGAGAAUAAAAUUAUCUUAGGACAUGAAGUGCCUACAGCAAGCGGAUUCUGGAUUCAUAUAGGUGGAAUUUUUGGUGGAAGUGGAUUAUCUUGAAUCCUGUAUUUCAUAGAUGGACUUCUUGUAGCAAUGAGUAUUUAAUUAUUUAUUCGAAA